AUGGACGAUGGAGGGGACGACACCGACCCAGAGUUCAGCCCUCGCACCACGCCUUCGUCUGCCCCGGCCCGCCGACCCCGCCAGGGUCUCGGCGUACGUGGAGGACCUUCCAAAUAUCGCGGCGUGGUCUGGCACAAGUCCAAUUCCAAGUGGGAGGCUCGCAUCUACGAGGGUGGCAAGCAGAAGUUUCUGGGCUACUACACCAGCGAGGAAGCUGCUGCCCAUGCGUACGACACAUAUGCCGUCCGCCUGCAUGGCAACCUGCAGAAGCUCAACUUCCCGGAGCUCUACGCGUCAGGGGCAGAGGUCUACCACGACCCCGGCACGCCCCCCCCCGUGAAGGGCACCUCCCGCUUCAGGGGGGUGAGCUGGAACUCCAACUGCGCCAAGUGGCGGGCGCAGGUGUGGAAGGGCAGCGAGGUGCACCACCUGGGAUACUUUGAGGGCGAGGAAGACGCUGCCCGCGCCUACGACGAGGCUGUCCUGCGCAUCAGGGGUCCCGACGCCCCCACCAACUUCCCGCGCUCCCAGUACGGCGCCUUCCCCGUCCCGGGCGACCACGACUUCCAGGGCGGCGCCGCCAUCGGCGCCUCCGGCUUCCGCGGCGUCAGCUGGUCUGAUGCGCACCAGGCCUGGCUGGCGGAGCUGUGGAACGGCAGCCGCUUCCAGCUGCUGGGCAGCUUCCGGGACGAGGCCUCAGCCGCGCGCCGCUACGACGUGGCCUGCCUGGAGCUGAACGGCGCCGACGCGCUGACCAACUUUCCGCUGCAGAGCUACGAGGCGGAGCUGGCCGCGGUGGCGCUGCGCGCCAUGGCCGCCGAGCCGGGGCCCCUCUCCCCCCUGCUCAGCCUGGCCUGGGAUGGGCGGCAGCAGCGCUGGAUCCCCAGCGGGAAGCAGGCGGAGGAAGUGUAUGCGCGGUCGCCCACCUGCUCCGACUCGUCCUCGGCGUCCCACGCCGCACGGGAGCAAGUGGCGCCCGGGCCCUCGCCCCUGGCGCCGGAGGCUCCCGGACUGCACGGCAUGCUCCCUGCUGAAGCGCUGCAGCGGGUGCUGGGCCUGCUGGCCGCCAACGGCGGCAGCUCCGCCGGCUGGGAGGCAGCCGUGGCGCUGGCCCGGGCCUCGCAGUAG